CAAUGGCCUCGCUACAUGUGUCCUGAUUUGGUCCAGCUCAGCACUCCCUCGCCGAUCCUUCUAGAAAAAGUGCGCGACAUUUUGCCUCGGAGAUCGAAACUGGGGGAGAAAGUGCACCCUUUUCCUGCUCCAUCAGCGGACGAGUUAAGUAGUGGGAGUAUGCGGAGCUCUCGGCGAUCCCGAUCGAAGGCGCGCAGGCCCAAGUACGUCAGCCUCCGUCGUCACCUCGCUCCUCGUCCUCCUCCUUCGCCCGCGGAUCCUUCCGACAUGUUCUCCUCCGCUGCUGCCGACGAUGACGACGACGCCACCGCCCGCUGCCACCAGCUCGACCUCUUCCCCCUCCAGCCGGAGCACCUCGACCGCGACCCCCACGUCGCGUGCCUGCUCGACGACCGCGGCGGGGGCCGGGAGCCGACGAUCGCCGCCCUCCUCGGCUGCGGCGGUGGUGGCGACUCCUCAUCCGGUUCGCCCUCGCCGGUGUGCCUGGCGUCGCGGUCGAUGAACCGGGAGGAGGAGGAGGAGGAGGAGGAGGAGGAGGGCGGAGAUGGAGACGGGCUCGCGAGGCGGGCACUCCGGGGACGGGAGCGGUGGGCGUACUGCCGCUCCUCCUCCUCCUCGUCGGAGGAGGAGGUGGCUAGCUCCGCCGCCGAGGGCAACGGUGGCGUGGAUCUGUGGCGGUGCGUGACGCCGCAGGCUCUGGCGCUCAAGUUGGACUACGAGGAGAUCCUGGCGGUGUGGUCGGACAGGAGGCCGCUUUACAUGGACGGCGAAGGUCCUCAGGUCGUGCCGCAGCUCCAACACCCCUGCGACUCCGCGGUCCUCCCGGUGCUGGUGGAGGUGGGGUGCUGGAGCAGUAGUCCAUGGAAGGUGCCGGAGCAGCGGGCGGAGGGUAAGGAGAGGAGCGGCAUGAGCAGGGAAGCGAGGGUGAUGAGGUACAAGGAGAAGAGAAGGAACCGCCUGUUUGCGAAGAGGAUACGGUACGAGGUCCGGAAGUUUAACGCUGAGAAGCGGCCACGAGUGAAGGGCCGGUUUGUAAGAAGGAAUGAUGAAGAUGAAGACCAUUCUUGAUUCCAUUAAAUGAAAGGUGAAUAACUUCAACUUUAAUGUGGAGAAAAUAAUCUCAUGUAAAUGAUAUGUAUCAUCAAUACAUUGCCUACUCGAUCUGCUGGACUGAGGAAGCUGCAGAACUGGGAGUGUAAAACAGCUUGUGCCUGCCUUUUAAUAAGACAUGCACAUAUAUAUGUUGGCAAGGAGUCCAUUCUUUGAGCAGCUCAACUGAGUGUUGUGUCAUCAUAAACAAAGCUGCAAAGAAAGUACUCUUUGAGUUGUGAGUUCAAACUGCAAUGUCCUGUGCAGUUCUUCCUGUAGAAACACAACUAGCUAAACAUUACUUUCCUAAAAGAAAAUAAUUAGUCAGCAUCUUGAAGAA